AUGACACUGGCAUUCCAGAACUAUCCCAACUUCCCUUACACUUGGACCAACACCAAUGAAGAAACCUCUUGGAAAUCACUUGUCCUGGUCAACAGAUCAAGUACAUGCAAUGUGGACAUGACAGACUUUGGUUUGACUGUGGUUUCGCAAGUCACAGUUGAGCAAUCAGACGGCCAAGAGGUCGACGCUUAUGCAGUGGAGAAUGACUUUGAUGGAACAGACCUCUACAGUGGAACCAGUCUAAUGGUGGAAUGUGAAUGCGUGAAGGAAGUAGUGGAAGAGAAGUGCAUCUCACCAAUUGACAACGAAGAAAGUACUGCCGUGCCCUCAUGA